UUCAGCUCUGGAGGGGAACAAGGACUGGCAGGAGUAGCUGCACUUGCUCCCUGGCUAAACAGAGAGUGCAGAGACAACAGGGACCCAAACGGUGGGGAUGCUCAGCCUUAUUAUGCGUCCGUCUCAGGAAUCAUCGAAUGACUAAAUAAACGACGUUAGUAGGUCUUGGGGGGUGAUUUAUUGUGGCUGAUUGAAGCUCAUGCACUUUGAAGAAACAGACCAGACAGCUGAGUUUCGGAGUUCUCGAGAUGAGUUGUGAUUCUGGACACUCCAGCAUUUACAUCUCGCCAAUGGAUUUAUAAUCUUAGACUACAUUCUUAUUUGAAGAAGCAUUCAUCUGCAUCAUCGUUACCUUUUUUUAAAAAAGUUUACGUUGGAUUGCCGCAAAAAAAUUGACCACCAUGGAAGAACCGGUCCAUGCUGGCAGCUUCAGAGCAGUUGCUCUCUUUUUCUUCCCCUUGAAUUUGGUCUGUGGCUUGGUGGACACUGAUGAUGUUUUAACUAAAGAAGAACAGAUUUAUUUGCUGCAUCAAGCAGAAGUAGAAUGUCUCAAAGAGAUAUAUGCCCAGAAGGAGAUAAUCCAAGAAGGUCACUGUUUGCCUGAAUGGGAUGGAAUUAUUUGUUGGCCCCAGAGUCCCCCAAAUGAAAAGGUGGCCGUCUCAUGUCCAGACUACAUCUAUGACUUCACCCAUAAUGGUCAUGCCUACAGACACUGUGAAAUCUACGGCAACUGGCAAUUGGUACCGGACACAAACAAGACAUGGGCCAAUUACACAGAAUGUGCUACAUUCUUCACCCCGGAACGGCGGAAGGAAGAAAAGAAAGUGUUUGACCGUCUGCGCAUCAUCUAUACCGUGGGUUACUCAAUAUCCCUUGUCUCUCUUGUGGUUGCCAUGUGCAUCCUCUGCUACUUCAAGCGACUUCACUGCACUCGGAAUUACAUCCACCUCCACCUCUUUGCCUCUUUCGUCUGCCGAGCCAUCAGUAUCUUUGUGAAGGAUAUUGUGUUGUACUCCACCUCACGACUGGAAGGGCUGCACAUGACGCAAUAUGGUGACUGGGAUGCUGAAGAGCUGAGUCUCACAUUGGGAUCCAGGACCCAGCUGGCAGGCUGCAAGGUAGCUGUGACCAUCUUCCUCUAUUUCCUGGCUACCAAUCACUACUGGAUCUUGGUGGAAGGCCUCUACCUCCACAGCUUGAUCUUCAUGGCUUUCCUUUCCAACAAAAACUACUUGUGGGCCCUUACACUCAUCGGGUGGGGGGUUCCUGCUGUCUUUGUGUCUGUCUGGGCCAGCGUAAGAGCAUCUCUGGCUGAUACACAGUGCUGGGACCUUAGUGCUGGAAGCAUGAAAUGGAUCUACCAGAUUCCCAUCUUAGCUGCAAUUGUGGUGAACUUUUUCCUCUUCCUCAACAUUGUGAGAGUCCUUGCCUCAAAGCUAUGGGAGACAAAUGCGGGGACAUUAGAUCCCCGUCAACAGUACAGGAAGCUACUGAAAUCCACUUUAGUCCUGAUGCCGCUCUUUGGUGUCCAUUAUGUGGUGUUCAUGGCCAUGCCAUACACAGCCAUCUCCAGCAUCCUUUGGCAAGUGCAGAUGCACUAUGAGAUGCUCUUCAAUUCUUUGCAGGGUUUCUUUGUGGCUUUUAUCUACUGCUUCUGCAAUGGUGAGGUACAGGCAGAGAUCAAAAAAGCCCGCUUCCGGAGAAACCUGAUCCUAGACAUAAAGCAAAAGACCCGAGCUACCAGCACAGGGGGGAGCUACUACUAUGGGGGACUCAUGUCCCAUGCCACCAACAGUAUCAGUCUGAGUAUGGCUAGCUGGGGGGUUGCCUCCGCAACAGCUAUAGCUAUGCCACUGGGGGCCAAAAACUGGCUGGUGCAUCUAGCUCCCACUGCUUCUGCAACAGAAUACAUCCCUAGCUCCUUUGUCCUGGAUGGAUCACCAAGGCAAAUGAUGACACAGAAAGCCCAUGUGGAGAAUAUCAAUGUUUUGAGAAACUGCUCCAGCUUGAAAGAAGAGUUAGAGACUAUGCUAUAAAGAGAACUUAUGAAUGUGAUAUUAAGAUUAGAUCCCUAAGCAAGUUGCAAGCAAAUUAUGAAGUCAUGAGAUAGUUAUCAUUGGAUUAGGAAGAAUUACCAUAAUUAAGCUACCAAAAUCAGCAUGAAAAAUAGCCCAGAGUAUUAACUAUCAAAUUCGUACAC